CAUUUGUCCUUUUGUUUUUAGGAAUAUUGAUCGUACAUCGUACAGAGAGCAAAAUUAUCGUACAAAUACGAUAAUUAUCGUACACCUGGCAACACUGGUCUCGAACCGCACAACGCGAGUCUGCUUUCCCGUCACGUUUCUCUUACGUGUCUCACUAGCUCCGCCCACAAGGUUGAGCAGCGUUAUGAAAGCAGGGCCGUGGGAAUGACAACGGAGUCACAGCAAAGAAAGCUGUGAGCCGCUGCAAUGCUUCGAAUCACCGCUGCAUCUCUGGGCACCUCCUGCCAGAAGAUGAGGCUGGUCCUGCUUCCCUCUGCCUCUCUCAUCACCACAGCAACCACUUGCAGUAAAAGGGAGGAGAACCAGUGCACGGUUGACUCUCUGUACGAGCUGUCGGUGGACAUAAGGAAGGUCCGCAAGCUGAAGGGCUGGGUUUUGUCUGAGACCACUGCCUAUGUGUCUGAGACAGCUAGCCUGCUGAGGGACAUGGGCGCAGGCACGGCAGUGAUCGCCCACAUCCUUGAAACUCACCCCGAAGCUGUCCUGUGUCAACCGGAGGAUGUGGUGGCCCAGCGGGACCUCUGGAGGUCCGUGUGUUCCAGCCAACGUGCCCUUCUGAGUAUCAUUGAGAAGUUCCCAGCUUCCUUUUUUUCUGUAAGCCACCACAGCAACCAGCGAGCCUACAUCCUGUACCUCCAGAGCCUUCGCCUCAACAACAAGAUCAUCAGCAAGCUGAUGGCCAGUGCUCCGCAGAGUUUCAGUCGGCACCUGGAGCUCAACCAGGAGGUGAUCCACACCCUCAGAGAGACCUACUUGGACCUGGGCGGGGAUGAAGGUAAUCUCCGGGUGUGGCUGCAGAAGCUCCUCAGUCAGAACCCGUACAUUCUCAUGCGUCCAGCUGAGGCCUGGAGGGACAGUCUGGGCUUCCUGAAGGACCAAGGCUUCACCACAGAGGAGCUCCUUAGCCUGGUGUCCAGCCUUAGAGCCUCUAUCUCUGAGCUGAACCCUGAAGCCAUGCAGCAGGCGCUGGCCUACGUCCAGGAUGCUCUCAGCUGCUCCGAAGAUGAACUAAAGUUGGCAGUGAUCCGUUGCCCGGCCGUUUUGUACUACUCGCUGCCCACCUUGGCUGGACGCUUUCAGGGAUUGAUGGACGUCGGAGUUAGUGUCAAGCAGGUGAAGGAAUCCCCAAACAUCCUGGAGCUCACCACGCAGAUCGUGCUGUAUCGUAUCCAGAAGCUUGCCUCCUAUGGAUAUGACGUGUGCUCCGGCAGCUUGGAUGUAAUCAUAGGAACCAAGAAGGACUUUGAGAUGAGCUGCACCAGGCUUAACCUCAGGCAGCAGAGGCCACUCUUUAACCCUGUAGCUCCACUCAGGACUGCUGAGGAGUGAAGAUCAAAACUACUGACAGGAUUCUAAUUCUAAUAAACUUGUAGAUGUUGACGUCAUUCACAUCUUAAAAGCAGCUGCAAAGACCUGACCUGAGAAGAACUUACACUUCUUCUUGUUGCCUUCAUCUUUUGCCUGACAGCUGAUGAUGUUUGUGUAAAUCUACUCGCUUUGCUGUGACCUUACCACCAUAUGUGUCAUUUCCUUGUUAAAACAUUAAAAGUACUAAAUAUAAAACACUUUGCAUACCUGCCAUUGGA